GGCGCACAGGCGGAAGCAGUUUCUCGCCUUGAGACCGGCACCGCGAUCGAUAAUAAUGAUUGGCAACACCAAGAAUACAAAAGACAGGUUGAGGUAUCGCUUUAGGGUUGAAUCUUACUAGGCUCAUCUGUUCUGAAAGAAAGGCCAAAGGCAGUUCGUGUUGAAAAGAUGCUUCCUGCGCCCGGUGUUUUCCGCUUUCCCUGGGAAAUCAGUUCAGGAGAAGUCAGGGAGGGCAUGUCAGUGAGGACCUAUGGCAGGCUGAAGAACUACAGUGCGGAGCUGUCGGAGGCGGUACUCUGCAGUCAGCACGGCUCAGCCCGGCACCAGGUGACUGUCCACACUGGCUUUGUGGAGCCCUUUCAGGCCAUCGCUGGAGCUCAGUAUCUCGUGCUGGGAGAGCUGGAGAGCAGAGGAGGUGGCGCCCUGAUGGUGCGCGCGCGGGUGCUGAACUGCGUGGACGGGGUGAACGUGGCCCUGCUGCAGCGUGCCGUCGUGGAGCAGAGGAGCUACCUCCGGGAAAGAGACGGGGAGGCCCACACAGCCUGUUGAGCUCCAUCCACACCUGCACCAGGACCCAGAGGGUGGGGUGGGUUCACCUGCCGUGACGCACCCAUUGGGAUCACCCCCACCGCAGACUGGAAACACCCCUUUCCUCAGGGGGUCAUGGGACAGGCAAACCAAGGACAUGCCACUGCACACAUCUGCUCUCUGGGUUGUUGUAGAGUUGGAGUGCUGGUGUGUAACAGGCAGUGAAUGAACAGGGGCAGACUGACCUCCUUUCUGCUGCAUGCCUUGUCUGAUAGAACAGGAUUCUUAAUGCCCACCUGCAUAGCCUAGCUGAAAUACCUACCUGUGUAAAUGACAGUGCUGUAUGGACUGGAUGGAUCUGCAGCUUUGUGUUCCAGUUGUUAAUGCCUCACAUGAAGGAGAGCAGCCUGUAGUCAAUCCAACGAGAAUGUUGUUAUAUUCACAAUGGUAUGUUAGCACUAAUGCCUCCACGCACUCUUGGGGUCUGGGGUCAAUUUGAGCCUGGGAUGUCCUUUGUGUUUCCAGCGAUCCUGUAAUGGUUGAUGCUGUUUGAUGUAAAUGCAUAUCUUUCUGUAUUAUCCCAUAAGCUAAUUUUAUUAUUGUAUUUUUUUUAAAUAAAAGAAAGGUUUAAACUGUCAGUAAAAAUCUAAA